UGAAGGGGUGGAAAGCUCCCUCACAAGUAUUAAUGGGACCGCCGGCCGCCGGACAGAGCAGCAACAGAAAGAGCGACUACGACCGGUCCUUUAAGAUAUUGUUGAUCGGAGAUUCUGGCGUGGGGAAGAGUAGCCUUAUCGCCAGUUUCAUUUCAGAUGCCCCUACUCACGCUUCUGCUCCCACCAUUGGUGUUGAUUUCAACAUCAAGUAUUUCGAAGUUGGCGGGAAAAAACUAAAGCUCAUAUUUUGGGACACAGCUGGACAAGAAAGGUUCAGGACAUUAACCACCAGUUUCUACAGAGGUGCCCAGGGAAUUGUUCUUGUUUAUGAUGUCACUAGGAAAGAGAGUUUCGAAAGUCUUACUGGUGUUUGGGAAGAAGAGAUAAAAAGUUACUCAAGUGAUCAGAACUAUGUGAAAAUGUUGGUUGGUAACAAAAAGGACCAAGUAAGUAAUUACUCCCCCUUUUUUGGAUGAAAUGUAAAUAUAUAUUAACACACAAGAAAAUAUACAUGAAAAGGUUCAAGAUCUCCUAAAACCCCACCACUCCUACCUAAUGUAGGGGUUAGGAGAGGUUUUUAUUUGAUCUAAUCCAAAAUCAAAAUCAAAACGGGGGCCUAAGUAUACAAUACUAAAUGCCCCAACACGUCAGAAACAAAACGAUGCUGCAAGACUGCACGCACACAGAUCCACAAAUCCAUAAAAGCCGAGGCUUCAAAACGUCCAUGUCAAAAGGUGACCAACUCGAUCAUGCGGGUAGAUACUAAAGAGUAUCUUGUAAACCACAUGUUUGAUCUUUGCUAUAAUGUCCUCCUCCGUCUUCUUGCCAUCAUCAAAUCUAACUUCGUUCCUUGCAUGCCAAAUGUAGUAAACUGUCACACAAAAAGCAAUACGAGCAGCCUUUGCCUUCAUCUUCGAUCCUCUAUGAGUCUUUGUGAUCCACUUAAUUGCACUUAGCAACGUUGUCAUAUCAUGCCCGAGUCCCAUCCAAUUCCUUAUCUG